GAUGGGGAGCCCCGGGGACGCUGCGUGUGUGUGUGUGACGGUGGUGCGUCUGAAAAAUGACCAUUGAGGACCUGACGGUCGGGUACGUUGACGGACGCUCCCAUCCGAACGAGCGCGGCUUUCAGGCUUGUUAUCUGGACCCCGGUCACCCAGUCACGUUCUCCGUGGCUGCAGCACCCAUGCCGUCCGACUGCGAAUUCUCCUUUUUUGACCCGAAUGAUGCCUCCUGCCAGGAUAUCUUAUUUGACCCAAGCACCACAGUCUCCGAGCUCUUCGCUAUAUUAAGGCAAUGGGUCCCUCAGGUUCAGCAGAGCAUAGAUGUCAUUGGGAGCGAGAUUUUGAAGAGAGGUUGUAACGUCAAUGACCGGGAUGGGCUGACGGACAUGACUCUUCUACAUUACACCUGCAAGUCCGGGGCCCAGGGAAUUGGGGAUGCAGAGACCGCUGCCAAGUUUGCGUCCUACCUGAUUGACAUCGGGGCAGAUAUAAGCCUAAGAAGCCGCUGGACCAACAUGAACGCGCUGCACUAUGCGGCAUACUUUGAUGUUCCAGAGUUAAUACACGUUAUUCUGAAAGCUUCUAAGCCAAAAGAUGUGGAUGCCACCUGUAGUGACUUUGAUUUCGGGACGGCGCUGCACAUUGCCGCUUCAAACCUCUGCUUGGGAGCCGCGAGAGCCCUGCUGGAGAACAGAGCUAAUCCUGCCUUCCGGGACGAUAAAGGACGCACACCAGCAGAUGUUGUCCCCGAUCCCGUCGAUAUGCCUCUGGAGAUGGCUGAUGCCGCUGCUGUAGCAAAAGAAAUCAAGCAGCUUUUACUGGACGCCAUGCCCUUGUCGCGUGAUUUCUCAUCAGUUGUCCUCCCGAACUCUGAUGGCGUGCUCAGGCUCCCACCACGCUGGUCAGCUGGGCUAAAGCUCGGAGACAGAGUGCUCAUCGCUGGGCAGAAGGUGGGCACGCUAAAGUUCUGCGGACCUACGCAGUUUGCCACCGGCCAGUGGGCCGGCAUUGAGAUGGAUGAAUCUGAAGGGAAGAACGACGGGAGUGUGGGUGGAGUAGAGUAUUUUAAGUGCCAGCCAAAACACGGUAUAUUUGCACCGCUGUCUAAGAUCAGACGGGCGAAUGAAACAAUGAGAACUUUUAUCAGAAGUUCAUCUGUAAAAACGCAUGCGUCUCCCAAAUCUCCCACAAAGAUCGACCUGAGCCGUGUAACCUCUAAAAUCAACACAGGUCUGCCUGGAUCCAGAAAAAGUGCAACAUCGCAGUCUUUUCAGAGUACUGAUGAGUCUUCUAAAUCUGCAUCUGCAAAGAAAGGAGCUGAAAACACAGUGCCAUCCGCUGGUAGCCCAGAGCAGCCGGAAUUCCAGCCUGGUGACCGCGUUCUUGUGGUUGGUCAGAGAAGCGGCACUGUACGGUUUUAUGGGAAAACUGACUUUGCUCCAGGGUUUUGGUGUGGGAUUGAAUUGGAUAAACCACACGGCAAGAAUGAUGGGUCAAUCUCCGGAGUUCAGUAUUUUACUUGUCCCCUCAAGCAUGGGGUGUUUGCCCCUCCAUCACGAGUUCAAAGGCUCUCUGGAUCGCUCGAUUCCCUUUCGGAGAUCACAUCAAGUAGACUGAAUCAUUCCUUCCCAGGGUUUAAAAGAAGCCUCAGUUCUACAUCUACGUGCACUUCACAGAAAGACGUCAGCCGGAGACACUCGUUUGGCAGGCCUAAGAAGCCGGCACUCCGCCGUAGUUGGAGCAGUACCAGCUCCACCAGCACAAGUGAUGGAGGUGUGAAGUUGCACAAAGGCUCCCAGGUUCUCCUGACCAGCUCUAAUGAAAUGGCUGUCAUCAGGUACAUUGGGCCCACUGAUUUCGCCCCUGGCGUCUGGCUGGGCCUGGAACUCCGCUCCGCCAAAGGCAAAAACGACGGAUCUAUCGGAGAGAAACGAUACUUUCACUGCAAGCCCAACCACGGAGUGCUGGUCCGACCCGGGCGAGUCACUUAUAGGGGGAUUAAUGGAUCCAAACUUGUGGAUGACACCUGCUGACCCAAGUUCCAGCAAGUUUGAUCAAUAAGCCCGGCCACGCAAGAUUUGGAGGUUUAUGGCU